AAUGCUGGGAAUUUGGAGAGAGUAUCAGGAAACUAGUACAAUCUAUAGGUUCAGAAGGAUCCACAAGGUCACAAUACCACAAUCAACGGAAAAUGGAACAGUUACUCUACUGCCAGAUUUUCCUCUUCCAGUAGAAAAAGGUGAUGUCAUAGGCUUUGACUAUGCAGCUGCGUCGGACAAAAACACUAUUGCUGCACAGCUAUAUGACAGUGGAUUACCUGAGAUUUAUGAGGCUUUUAAAUGGAACAACGUUUUCACAAAGUCGUUAAGGGUAUCAAAUAAAAGAGAUGCUGUAAAAACUGGCGCGUAUCUCCGAUAUUUUGCUAUUCAAACCAAUUUUACAUCAAAAGGAUUAGCAAAGAAAAGCCCUAUCUGUUUCAAUAAGGAUAUCUAUACUGUGGGUAGGGCUUUAAAUUUAGGAGGAUCAGGAGGUGAACUGUUAAAUAUGCUCGUUGAUUUCUAUUUUCCUUGCGAUGGACAUAUCCUAUCUUUAAAGUAUUAUAGAGUAAUUUCAACCUCUUAUUCAUUUGUUGGAAUAUGGGAACCGAUAGAUGGAAUUUCAAAGUAUAAACUUAUUUAUAAAAUUAAGUUACCUGUAGCUAAUAAAGGGUUCCAAACAAUUACUUUGAAUAAACCGUUGCCUAUUAAAGCGAAUUAUAUUAUUGCUUUUCAACAUUUAAAGAAUGGACCACACGUAGUAUCUAAUAAAGCACAUUGUUCUUCAUGUCAUACAUCGAGAAGAUGUGUUCUGCCUAGUCAGUCUAUUACUGUUGGGAUGAUAUUAGAUAUGGAAAAGUGUAAAAAUCAUGAUAGCCUAUUAAGAAACUACUCAAUGAGCUUUGAAGUAUCGCCUGCCGAGAAAUAUGUCGGUGGUUUAUGUUUCAUACUUUUAUUGUUACGUAUAGAUGAACUAAUUUACGAUCAGCUUCAAAGUUCAAGAGGAAAAAAGACCAGGGGGCGCUUACACAGAUUUAUUUUUGUUAUUUCAGCCUUGAUUGAAAUAACUGAUUCUACUAUUGAUCCGGGGCAAACUGUUUUAUCAUAUCUAAGGGAUAAUUUACAUUUGACCGGAAGUAAAUCAGCUUGUGGUGAAGGAGGAUGUGGUGCUUGUACUGUUAUGGUAUCAGCUAUAGACGAAGAAAAAAAUGAGAUUAACCACUAUUCAAUAAAUGCUUGCAUCUCUCCUAUCCUCUCUUUUGAUGGAUUGGCUAUAACAACAGUUGAGGGUAUAGGGAAUGUUAAAACUGGAGUUCACCCCAUUCAAGAGAGAAUUGCUAAGGCUCACGGAAUACAAUGUGGAUUUUGCACUCCUGGAUUUAAUGAAGAUAUUGAAGAUUUGUAUAAAAGCGAUAAAUCUAAAUUUUCCUGUAAGAAAUUAUAUGAUUCUAAUGAAUGGAAAGCGUAUAAUCCGGAUGAUGAUGAAACUAUCCCUAAGAAUUUACUGUUGCGGAAGAAUAGGAAAGAACUUAAUUAUACGAUGAAUGGACGAAUUUGGAUUAAAGCUCAAUCCAUGAACCAUCUUGCGACCUUGAAAAAGAAAAUGCCUCACGCCUCUAUUAUUGCCGGCAGUACUGAAAUUUCUAUUGAUAGAUUACUAAAUAAAGGAAAAAUAGGCGAUACUUUCAUUCACGCACCUCAUUAUUUGAAUAAGGAUAUACAGGACAAUGGAGAGUUUCUCAAAAUUGGUUCAACAGCAACUUUAAGCGACUUGGAAAAGUUUAUUAUGGAAAAAAUUAAGCCAUUCAGUAUUUUUGAAGCUUUAGAAGAGUCGAUUAAACAUUUUGGUAGUCGACAAAUAAGGAAUGUUGCCACUAUAAGUGGUAAUGUUUAUACAUCUAGCCCAAUUUCUGAUAUUAUGCCAAUACUCAUGGCUAGUAGAUCCUCAAUUUCUCUUCUAUCAACUAAAAAGGAACGCAACAUUUUACUUGACGAUAAUUUCAUUGUUGGAUAUAGGAAAAACGUUAUAAAACCCUAUGAAGUUAUUAAUUACUUCAAAAUCCCAAUCAACAAGGAAACACAGUUUAUAAGAUUCUUUAAACAAGCUAAAAGAAAACACGAUGAUAUAACAACUGUAUGCGCUUGUUAUUUUCUUGAAUUAACUGCAGAUAAUAGGAUUAAAACAAUUCGUAUGGUUUAUGGAGGUAUUGCUCCUAAAACUACGGAGGUGACUGAAACUACUAAUGAUUUAAUUGGUAUGAAAUGGGACCGAAUUAUGCUCGAACAAGCGUCUAUUAAAUUAAUGAAAGAGUUAUAUAUUAGCAAAGGGAGUCCAGGCGGUGGAGAAACUUAUAGAAAUAAUCUAAUACUUAGUUUAUUUUUCAAGUUUUAUUUGGACGUUUGCCAAAUGCUUAAUAAAGAAAAUAUUGAAAAAAUUUAUGAACCAAUUACAGGAGCUUCCCUAUACGAUACAAUACCUGAAAAAUUAGCUGUUGGAAAACCUCUACCAAUACCCUCUGCUUUAAAGCAUGCAACUGGUCAAUCAGAAUUUAUAGCUGAUAUGCCUAAAUUUAAAAACGAAGUUAUUGUAUAUCCGAUAUUAGCAACAAUUUCUCCUGCAAAAUUCCAGAUAGAAAAUAUACAGGAGGCUUUAAAACUUCCAGGAGUAGUAGAUAUUAUUAGCUAUGAUAAUUGGGAUUAUGUAGACUCCUCAUUUCAACAAUGGAGUGUAGGACUUGAAUCAAAAGAAUGUCUAAUUGCUAAUGAAGAAACUCUAUACAGCGGUCAACCAAUUCUAUACAUUGUAGCCGAAAACAUGGGACAAGCUCUUGAGGCAGCCAGAACCGUAAAGAUUGACUAUCAAUUAUCAACUGACCCUAUAGUAACAAUAGAUGAUGCUAUCAGAAAAAAUUCUUUCCACAAAGUAAGCUUCGAUCCAGAAGUCAACUUUGGCGACGUUGAAGCAGCUUUUGCGACCUCUAGCUUAAUAGGGGAGGGCGAAAUCAAUACUGGUAAGCAGGAGCAUUUUUAUAUGGAAACCCAAUCAGCUUUAGCCGUACCAAAAGAUGGAGAUGCUCUGGACGUUUACUCAAGUACCCAAUCAAUUGGCCUUGAUCAUUUUUUAAUAUCGUCUAUUUUAAAGAAACCUCAACAUUUAAUUAAUGUUAUUUGUGCUAGAUGUGGAGGUGGUUUUGGUGGAAAAGAUUUUCAAUCUCCUCUAACAUCCGUUCCUGCUAGCCUGAUUGCUGAUAAACUAAAAAGACCUACUCGAUAUGUUAUGGAUAGAAUGACUGAUAUGAAAGUAACAGGGGGCAGAAAUCCUGUUAAAGCCAAGUAUAAAAUAGCAUACAACGAUAGUGGAAGAAUUAAAGCGUUAAAGGUUGAGGCUUACUUUAAUGCUGGAUACUCUAUGGACUGCAGUUUUGGCGUAGCAAGAAAGUUUCUCAAGGCCGUGGGUGGUGGUUAUAAUAUUCCUAAUAUGUAUGUGAGCUGCAAGUUUUGUAAAACAAAUAUCGGAAGUGCAACCGCGUUUAGAGGCUUUGGUACUCCGCAAGCUGGUAUUGUAACUGAAACCGCAAUAGACAGUGUUGCAGAUGUUCUGAAUAUACCAUCAGAGAGCAUAAGAGAAAUAAAUAUGCUUAAAGACGGCGAAAGAACAAAGCUUGUUGGCUAUGAAAGUUUGACUACUAUGAGACACGAUUCGCUUCGAAAAUGCUGGCUAGAAAUGAUGCAAUCCUAUGGAAUAGAAGAUAGAAGAGAGGCAAUUGAAAAGUUUAACAAGGAAAACAGAUGGAAAAAAAAGGGAAUUUGUUCAACCCUAGUAGAACAUUACGUAGGAUUUAACAAAGCUACUAUGAACCAGGGAAACGCUUUAAUAAAUAUCUAUUUAGAUGGAUCUGUUUAUUUAUCGUUUAGUGGAGUUGAAAUGGGACAAGGCCUAAAUGCAAAGAUGCAACAAGUUACUUCAACUGCUCUGGGUGUUGAUUACGAUAGAAUUUACAUCCCAGAUGCAUCAUCGUACACUAUUCCCAAUAUAACUACUACAGCAGCAAGUUGUGGAACUGAUGUUAAUGGUUUUGCAGUAUUAGACGCUUGCCGUCAAAUAAACUCGAGAUUAAGUGAAAUUAAAAAAAAUAAUCCAAAUAUUUCCUGGGAUGACAUGAUUAAAGAAGCAUAUAAUCAGCAAAUCAAUUUAUCAGCCAGUGGGCAUCACAAAUUUGAUAACUUCCAAGAUUUGAAUUUGAAGGACAAUACCGGGUGUGAUGGCCUUUACGUCGUUUGGGGAACAGCAUGCUCAGAGGUAGAAAUAGAUUGCCUUACUGGGGAUUUAAUAGUUAAGCAAGCGGAUAUAGUGAUAGAUGUUGGUAAAUCUAUCAAUCCAGGCAUAGAUAUUGGUCAGAUAGAAGGCGCUUUUAUUCAAGGGCUUGGAAUGAUGUUGCUAGAGGAACAGUUAUAUGAUCCAUCUACUAGUAAAUUAAUAUCGGUUGGACCAGGGAAAUAUAAACUACCAUCCAUUGGCAACAUACCCCGAACAUUUAACGUAACACUUUUAAGAGAUGGUGAUGAUAGUGAGCCAAGAGCUAUUCACUCCUCUAAGGGCGUGGGGGAGCCGUCACUAACCCUGGCUGUUAGUGCCCUGUUAGCCGUUAAGAAAGCUAUUAAAUCGGCGCGCCAAGACGCCGGAUUUAACGAAAGUUUCACUAUUAACACACCAGCUACGCCAUCUAUUAUACGUAAUUUAUGUCGCGAUGAGUUCACUGAAAGAGUAAAAAAAGAGAUCGAAACCAGAAAUGAAAAACUGAAAAAAGAAUGGUGUGUUCGAGUUUAA